AUGACAACUACUUCGCCGUCUAAACCUGGUGUUAUACCUCCGACCAAGCUUCAAUUAGCCCUAGCAUUGGCUGUUGUCAAGGGAAAACCACCAGGCCAAAGCGUGAAAGAAUACAUUAUGCAACUUCGACAGUUCACUAAAAAAACCAAAGAUCUGGACCAAGUUGUUGCGACGGAUAAGUUCUUCGACAGCGUCUCCUUCUGGCAACAAGCAUACGAGCGAUCCGAGGCAGAACAAAGCAAUCUACAAGAUCAAGUUCAUGAGCUUAACGAGCGUAUUGAGGGCCUUCUUGCUAAGCUGCAUGCCAAAGUCAUUGGAAAUGAAAAUGAGAGCGUGUCAGCGAACAAACGAAAGGCACCUGCUGUUGCCAAGAAUGCGAAUAGCUCGAAUAUGGCUAGGAAACGCACAAGGCUACCGAAAAGUAUGCAGAAAAACAUCCCAUUGGACGAUGAUGAUCCAAGAGAAGAAUAUGUCUUAUGUCUCAACAGACAACUGCAUACCGUCCAGAAAGCCCUACAGAGAAGGGCAAACAACAGUUCUGAGUCCAAUUCUCUGGCUGUGGAUGCAGUCAUACUCUGCAAAUCUGCAGAGCAGAGACUAAUCCAAACCAUCCAGAAUGAGACGAGUAUGACGGAACAGAAACCUUCCCAAACCGAGCAGGCCAAUACGCCGGAUACAGAUACUGUUAUGAACGCUGUGACAGUUGCUUUCCAUCUCACGCACAAAGCGUUGCACAAAAUAGCUGGGACCAAGAAUGGCAUGCAGAACCAAGGUCAGGUCAUCUACUACCUAGUAGGUCUGUUUGAAUCAACCAUGACAGCACUCACUCUGUAUUGCACUGCGAUAUCCAAGCAAAAACCAGUCGACAAAACCAAAUCGGCCAGAGACUCACAGCCAGUCACCGGAACCAAUGAACAAAACAAACGUCCAAAAGAGAAGAGCUCACCUACCAAUAAUGAGAUAGCCUCUCACCUCGCAGACCUGCUCUGCACGAUGGCCCUCUCCCUCAAUCUAACUUGUCCUGAAGACCAAGAGGUAAUGGAAGGAUUUCUCUUCCUUGUCCUCGAUCGCAUGGGUAAAAUGAUAGCUCUCCACGUUUUCCAUGACCUGCGACUGCCAAUGGGAAUCUGCCCCGGGAUGACAUUCCCGGAUGGAUUGGAAGCAAUGGUCGACGAGGGUCUUACGCCAAACGAGGCACAACUGGAAGCCAAGUAUCUCGUUCGGCUUCUCGGUAGAAUGCUUAAUGCUGAGUCCUGUGAAUCGGCCCUCGAGGCAUCGGAUGCUCGUCAAUUUGUUGCAAAUGCCAAAGAUCGUCUGCAAAAGACUCUCCUCCGGGCUGUAUUCGGACCUGAUGAUCGUUUGUUUCAGGAGGGUCUACGGCGUCCGCAUACCCCACCUCCUCAGGUACUUGAUGGCCAACAGGUGGAUCAGGAGAAGUUUUCGGAUUGGCUUACACAGGAGCUGUGGCAGCUUGUUGGUUGGGAUGUGUUGAGGACUGUGCUUGCUCCAACCUAA